AUGACCUGCGCUAAGGACAGUGCGUCUGUGGUUUCUAUUGAUGUUGCUGAUAAUGAAGAUACUAUGACCUGCGCUAAGGACAGUGCGUCUGUGGUUUCUAUUGAUGUUGCUGAUAAUGAAGAUACUAUGACCUGCGCUAAGGACAGAUUAUUAGCGGACAGAAGCUGUGAUGGUAUCUCCGGAAUUUCCAAUCCCAGUGUUUUGCUGAUGGUUGGGAUCUCCUCCACUCCUUUUUAUGGAAGAAAAUCUACCCUCUUAUCACUUGUAGGGCAAAGGGAAAGACCCAGCGAUGCGCAAUCUGAUUUUGACGCAGCAGUGUGGAGGAGCACGUACAACCAUUUAAGUAGCUGGUUGACAGACGCACGAAACCUCACCAAUCCAAAUACUGUGAUUAUCCUCAUAGGAAACAAAGCUGAUCUUGAAGCUCAAAGAGAUGUUACAUAUGAAGAAGCAAAACAGUUUGCUGAAGAAAAUGGACUUCUCUUCCUUGAAGCAAGUGCAAAAACGGGUGAGAAUGUGGAAGACGCAUUCCUGGAAGCUGCAAAGAAAAUCUACCAAAAUAUCCAAGAUGGAAGCCUGGAUUUAAACGCUGCUGAAUCUGGUGUACAACACAAACCUUCAGCACCCCAAGGCGGGCGGCUAACCAGCGAGCCCCAACCCCAGAGAGAAGGCUGUGGCUGCUAGUGACCUGUGUCUGAUGCUUCUGUUUCCAAUCUUUCCACCUGUUCGUCUGUAGCAGCAUUUUUUACUUCCCCGUUCUCUUCUGUACAUCUAUUGGUUUAAAUUAAGUGGGGUGACUCUGCUAAGGCGACAGUUUAACACAAUACUAAAUGGCUAAAUAACUAGAUGUAAUCAGGCUAAAGACGAGUCAAGUAAUAAACACACAAAAAAAAACUUUUCCUGCAUGGUAAACUCUAAAACUUUUUUUUUCUUCCCCCUAAUUGUCUUUGUGAUGUCGGCAAACCAUGAUUUAAAUAUAAGCACUGAUGCUGGACUUGAUUCAUCGCAUGGCAGUGCUACAGCUUUUCCUUCUGUGACCCACAGUAGCUGAUCAUUUUAUUUGCUCUGAAUAACUUAAUAGUUGAUAAAGGGGAACCUGUAGCUGCAUUUUGUUGGGGAAGAGAUUUUGCUCCUGUUUCCUGGGGGGGGGGUACAUUAUGUCUUAUGCUUUCUAAGAAUUCAGACAAAACAAUAUGGUUUACUUCCCCGUGCUCAGUAGCUUUGUGUCUUUUUGAUAUUUUAUCCUUUUUGUCAUUAACACGUAAAAAACAAACAAAACAAAAAUCUGAAGGAAGCUGUCUAACAUUUAAAUACAUUCUGUGUAUAUGAUUUUAAAGAAGAAACCAAUACCUGCAAAAGUAUGUAUUAAAAUCAGUUUGUACAGUAUAAUCUCUGUGACCACGUACAAUUGUUCAUGUCAUUUAAACAACUUAACUGGGUUUUUCACCCAAGAUGAUGCACUUUCCCUGAAAUGUCCCUGCAACUGUUUAGGUGCGCUGAUUUCUUCUGAAGGCGAAACGCACACGGGUCUGUAAUUCCUGCCUUACAUAGUACAAAAAGACUGGGUUGUACAUUUUAUGCUCUCCCAUUCUCGCGCUACCCUCUCUCUUUAAUUUAGUCACAAUAACAAUUGUGGAUCUUACAAACUGCUGUGCAUUUUUAACACUACAGUAGGAUGGUUUUUAAUGAGUCAGCCCCAGCUUUUUAGGAUGUUCCUUAGUCAUUUUUAGAUGCUUGACAUGUCAUUUUCUACAGCAUUUGCUUUUGUAUCUUAUUUAAUUGGUACAUGCAACCAUUGCUUAAAUACAUUGUCUUUUGUGUUCAAUGUUUUUAAGCAUUUGAUGUAAUAUAAAGGCAUUUUUAUUAGUUACAGAGGAGCCAUUGAAUCUGUAAUGCUUUGUUUUAAUACAGACCAGUAAUAACUGCAAGGUCCCUGGAGCAUGAUCAGAAGCAAAUAGGCAUGUUACAUAACCUGACCAACGCGUAGCUACGGAUUUACAAAAUGUCACUAAAAAGUAUGAAUGUUGUACAGUCCUUUAAAGGCCAAAACUGGAUUGUGAAAAUAUUACUUUGUGCAGUCCCUUGUUAAGUCUGGUUAUAUAUAUUCCUUUUUAAUAUGGGGUUCUUACAUUAGAUCAGUACACAUACUGUUAGAGGGUUAAUGCAUUUUGCCACCAGAUAAGCAGAAUGAGGCUUAUCCCGGGACCAUGACCUACAGAGUUAAACACAGAUCAGAUUGUUCAGGUGAGCUCUCCGUGUUCCUUGCAGUAGGUCACCUGUUCAUAUCUCUGACUAAAGGAGUUGUUUGGACUGCUGUACUUUCCCUCAAUGUAACAAAAUGCUAUUAAUCUGAAUAUUUGUAAAUAAAGUACCUGUAUCUAGAUAAUUUAA